AUUUCUAUCUUUUUUUCUCUCUCUCUCUCUCUCUAUAAGGGCUCUGCUUCUUGUACAACAGCCGAAACAAUUAUACCAUGACAUUAAAAUCCAGAUUUUUUUCAGUCAUUUUCGUAUUAUUUGUUUAAAAGUAAAGUUUUUCUUCCAUCAAAAUGGAAAAUGUGAUCUGGUUUUUUUCUUAGAAGAUAUUAAAACAAUCGGAGAGAGGAUUGCAAAUUUUUUAUUUUUGUUAAUUUGCUGUGUGAUGGGUCUGGUUGAUUCUUUGUUAGGAAAAGAUGCAAGAAAAUUUCUCAAAAGGAAAGAUAGUGAUGCUGCAGAAGCAGGACGAGCUUUGGAAGAACUCAGAAGUUCUUUGUACAAUGAGCUUAAAACAUCAGAAGGAGCUAAAAGGCAACAACAGAGAUUUUGUGGCCCUGUUGUUGCAAUGUCCUUUAAUUUCGUUGUUGCUGUUGGAAUCAUCCUUGCCAAUAAAUUAGUGAUGGGAAGAGUUGGAUUCAAUUUCCCAAUCUUUCUAACAUUGAUUCAUUAUACCGUGGCUUGGAUUCUUUUAGCUUUCUUCAAGUCUCUCUCUUUGCUUCCAAUGUCUCCUCCAUCAAAGACAACACCUUUCUCAUCUCUUUUCUCUCUUGGAGCUGUCAUGGCCUUUGCUUCUGGACUCGCUAAUACCAGUCUCAAACACAAUAGCGUUGGAUUCUAUCAAAUGGCUAAGAUCGCAGUUACACCAACGAUUGUUCUUGCCGAGUUUGUUCUCUUCAAGAAAACCAUUUCUUCCACAAAGGUCAUGGCAUUAGCUGUAGUAUCUCUAGGUGUGGCAAUCGCGACAGUGACGGAUCUAGAAUUUAAUUUGUUUGGUGCAUUAGUUGCUGUUGCUUGGAUUAUUCCAAGUGCCAUUAACAAAAUACUCUGGUCUAAUCUUCAGCAACAAGCUAAUUGGACUGCCCUAGCAUUGAUGUGGAAGACAACACCGUUUACUGUCUUCUUCUUGUUGGCUCUCAUGCCAUGGCUUGACCCACCUGGAGUUUUGCUUUUCAAAUGGGAUUUAACUAACUCUUCCGCAAUCCUCAUCUCGGCUCUUCUCGGCUUUCUUCUCCAAUGGUCUGGUGCACUCGCUCUCGGGUUAGUCUUUUUGUUCUCUUGCUUUGGUUGGAAGUUCAGUCUUGAGGUUAUAAAAUGCUAACUAAAUUUGUUGUUUCUUACAGGGCAACAUCAGCAACAUCUCAUGUAGUAUUAGGGCAAUUCAAGACAUGUGUGAUCUUGCUUGGAGGUUACGUUAUCUUCGGCUCUGACCCUGGUUUCAUCAGCAUCUGCGGCGCUAUCGCAGCUCUUGGAGGCAUGUCUGUCUACACGUGGCUCAAUCUUCCGGGGAAAUCCAUCGAUCACAUGUCAAACAAGCAGCUGCCAAAGCAAAACGUCACCGUUUCAAAACCUAAAGCCGAGGCUGACGACGGAGGAGGAGAGACCGGAGUAACCGUAGUUUCUGUUGACCCACUUCUCUCCAAGACGAUAACUGCAAAUAUCGUAUAGUUUUACAAUUUGAUUAGAUUGCCAAAGAGAAAAAAAAUGAGUUUUACUUUUUCUUCUUCAGGUUUUAGUUUGUAAAAUUGGUUCAGUUUUGAUAUCAAAUUAGUGUAGUAAAGUAUACUAAUAAAAAUAUUUUGAUAUCAUAAUGUGACAAGAGGGCUUGGUGGGUUUAUUUGUACGAUAAUGAAAUAGAUGGUGUAGUUUAGAAGUAAUGUAAAACUUGAUGUGUAUUUUUUUUUUUGUCGUCACUUGAUGUGUAUUAUGAGGUGCAAUUAGUAAAUAUAAUAAACCUUUUUGACUUU